UGCAGUUGUGGACGGAAACGUACGGCGAUAUAAAACAAAACGAAAACUGCCCUCGUGUGUGCGCAUUACACCAACGGAACAGUCUCCUCACCGCAUAAGCUAACUUGCGCCUCUUCUCUCUCUCUCUCUCUCUGCCCUCCUCCGAUGGCUGCCGUUUCUCUCUCUUCCCUCAACUUCUCGGUUAAGCUCUCCCCGAUUAGCUUCUGCUCUAGCGCCGCAGAUAGGCCGCUAAUCACCUUUUCCGCCGGAUUUAAGCUGAAUCAGCUGAAGCGUGAGCGGAGAAGUGGUAAUUUCGUCUGUAGAGCUGCUUCGUCUGUUGCUAUUCGCGACCUUGAUGCGGAUGAUAUCAGACAUCCUCUCGAUCGACAAAAUACGCUGAUUUUGAAAGCGAUUCCGGGAUUAAAUGAAAUCGGAAAAGCUUUAUUAGGAUCUGUCACUGAGCAAGUCAUGCUUCUGGAGAAUAUUGGGACAUCUGUUCUUGUUUCCAAGAAUCAGCUUCCUGAACUACAUGAGUUGAUGAUAGAGGCUGCCAGUAUGCUCAACCUUGAGGCACCGGACCUUUAUUUACGCCAAAGCCCUGUGCCUAAUGCAUACACUUUGGCUAUCAGUGGGAAGAAACCUUUUGUUGUUGUUCAUACAAGCUUAGUGGAACUUUUGUCGAGAAAGGAGUUGCAGGCUGUUCUGGCUCAUGAGUUGGGUCAUCUCAAGUGUGACCAUGGUGUAUGGCUUACAUUUGCUAAUAUUCUCACUGUUGGAGCAUAUUCUGUGCCUGGUAUUGGUGGUUUUAUUGCUCAACAAUUAGAAGAACAGCUUUUCCGUUGGCUUCGGGCAGCAGAACUUACUUGUGAUAGGGCAGCUCUUCUGGUUGCUCGGGAUCCAAAGGUGGUCAUCUCUGUCCUGAUGAAACUAGCUGGUGGCUGCCCCUCAAUGGCGGAUCAGUUAAAUGUGGAUGCAUUCUUGGAGCAAGCACGAUCUUAUGAAAAGGCGUCUUCUAGCGCAGUUGGGUGGUAUAUAAGAAAUGCUCAAACGAAGCAACUUUCCCAUCCUCUUCCUGUUCUCCGUGCACGUGAGAUUGAUGAAUGGUCUAGAAGUCAAGAGUACCAAUCUUUGGUUAAGCGCGUGAAGUGGAGUAACUCUGUGUAAAAUGAUUAGCAGUACAUAACACAGGAUUAGCGGAGGACACUCGAGUCUUUGUACAGAUGAUUGAAGGCUUGAAUCAAGGUUCGAUAAGCAUGGAGCUGUACUGUAAGUUAUUGAAAUGUCACAGGGGCUUACCCCAUAGUACAGAUUUGGGUUAACCCCAUCAGGUCGUAUUUCAUAUAUUAUACACCUGCCAUACCUUAAGUUAUGUUGAACAUUAUCGAAAUAUUCAAAUGAUUAUAACAUGUAUAUGAUGUUGGAAUGUUUUAA